GCACGCGAAAAACUUUUCAGAAAAAACUCCCGGAGAACAUCCCUCUAAAAGCACACCAAACGUUGACACCACUUCUUUUGUACAACUUUCGUUCUUGGCCUUCCAUCGGUUUGACUGAAUCGGUCCCCUUCUCGUCUACGUGACUGCAAUGAAGUCUCCUAGCAGUAAACAACUGCUAUUGGUCGUCCUCAUUUUUGCCGCAACAAACGUCAGAGGAUUCCAGAAACAAAAAGGUAGCGGAAGGAAAGCCAACUCGAACUAUCUCGAUUCUCUUACGCCCAAGUCAACUGAGAUUCCACCACCGACUAUGCAGGGAACAGCUCCGGAAGAGGACACAACAACCGAAAUACCGGACGAGCACUACUCAAAAGCACACUUUGGAGCUGGAUGGACAGGAUACAAACAUCCUUUGUACGGUGGAUACCUGGACCACUUAAACGACAAUACCAAAAAUAGUGGAGACCAAAAGGCUGCGAUAGACGCCAAACCGAUUCCUCCUGCUGCGAGCAGCGAUGCGGCCGGAACCAACUCUGCCAUUUUGCAAGCCGGAAAAAAAGCCGACUACGGCGACGACAUUCGAUGGGGUGCCCAGGUCUAUUUGGACAAUCUCUGAACAAAUCAGAAAACUUGUGCGAUAGGCACAUAACGUAUGAACCGGUUCAUAAAGCGAACAAGUCGGCUUGAAUCAUCCCGCAUACGUGCCUACCUGUCUCCAUUUAUGCCAACCACACGCGUGAGGUUGAAAAGACACAACCAAACAGUACAUUGAAAGGAUGAAACGAACCGGUAGAAGAAACACACAUCGAUUGG